UGCUGACGGACGGACUCAGGGACUCGUCGCCCGCCUGCAAGUCCUUUUCGGUGUGUGCGUGUGUGUCGCUGCAGGAAAAAAAGAUGGAGCUCUCUGCGGUGGGGGACCGCGUAUUCGCCGCGGAAUCCAUCAUCAAACGACGCGUUCGUAAGGGUCGCAUUGAGUAUCUUGUUAAAUGGAAAGGAUGGGCCAUAAAAUACAGCACAUGGGAACCAGAGGAGAACAUCUUGGAUGGUCGACUGAUAGCAGCAUUUGAGCAGAAAGAACGAGAGAGGGAGCUUUAUGGGCCGAAGAAGAGAGGGCCCAAACCCAAAACCUUCCUUCUCAAGGCUCGUGCCCAGGCGGCAGAGACAACGUCGCGAGUCCCAGACCUCCGCCACUAUCAUCCUCCCCCUUCCUCCUCCUCCAAAGCAUCCUCUUCCUCCACUCCUUCUGCAUCUUCCUCACACUCCCCCUACCCUUCCUCUUCCUCCUCUUCAGCUCCUACAGCCAAACUCCAGUCUGGAGCUGCUCACCACAAACUUAAGAAAGACAUCCGCCGUUGCCACCGCAUGUCCCGGCGCCCACUGCCCCGGCCCGACCCCCUGGCCCCGCCUCCCAGCUCCUCCUCCAACCCCUCCUUUUCUUCCCGCCCCCCCGCCUCCCCCUUCUCAGAAACGGUGCGCAUCCUGAACCGCAAGGUCAAGCCUCGAGAGGCCAAGAGAGGCCGCAUCAUACUGAACCUGAAGGUCAUCGACAAAGCAGGGAGCGGCAACAACAGCGCGGCCAAUAGGAGGACGCCUCUACCCAACCACCAACUGCCCCCUCACCACCCCCACCCGGGGCGCCCCAAAGUUCCCUCCCGAAACCGAAUAAUUGGAAAGAGCAAGAGGUUCAGUGAAGUGCCUUACAGAGGUCUCCAGCCGCCUCUGAAAUUGCCAGGGUUCCCAAUGUAUGGGAAACCCUUUGGGGUCCAGCAGACGGGGCCUGGAGCUGGCCAGGCUCAAACUGGGACAGGGUUCUCCAGCGCUGGGAGCAAUGCAACCAGUUCGGGGAAAGGAAACGUUAGCCCUGCUUCUACCUCCGUCAGUUCGGCAGUUGUAAGCCCAGGUGGGACAAAAGCACAGCCCCAAAGCAUGCCUCGAUACCAGACGCCCCCUUCGCCCUCCAGCUCUACCGGUUCAGACAGUAGCCCUCCUUCCCCUCCCCAGAUCCAGCCCAAACCCUCCCAGGCCCAGGCCACUCCAGCCUCUGCAGCCUCACCCCCACCUCCCAAACUGAGCCCUGAACCCCUGGAGCUCAAGCAGAACCCUGCGGGCAACGCUGCCUCCUUCCUGCCGUCCUCCCCGUCCGUCUUCCUCUCUUCCUCCUCCCCUUCCUCUUCCUCCACCUCAGAAGAGGAAGAGGAGAUCCUGGAUCUGUCCGUGCCCCACGACGGGAAGCGAAACGCCAGGCGCCGCCAUCAGCACCGGCGCCGCCAAAACAAGCCCCCCUCUGCCUCCGCCAAAACCGCCUCCCUGUCCCAGCACCCAGGGAGCAGCCCCCCUCUGCUCUCCCCGGAGCACCCCAGGGACCUCACCGAGGGGGACCCGGACUGGCACCCCGAAAUGGCGCCCUGCUGUGCCAACGUGGUGGUGACUGACGUUACCACCAACCUCCUCACCGUCACCAUCAAGGAGUUCUGCCGGCCCCCGGAGUUUGACAAGUCUGGGGCCUCCUCCCCAUCCUCCUCCUCCUCGAACGCCCCCCCAGCUGCCACCCCCUCUUCACCCACCUCGCUGGCCCCCCAGCCCAAACAGUGAACUGGGAGGACACCC